AUGGCCGAGCGGACUGUUUUACGCAAGGAUCAGCUGGAAAUCAGCCUACACAAUGAAAAGAAGCUGAUCAAAGAAGGUACUAUCAAGGAUGACAACCCGCUGGAUCUCAGUGAGCCAUUCCGUGACCUCUGCAGUGCUUGCCGUAGGGGCGAUCUGAAAGUCUGUCAGGAAAAGAUCACCGAGGGUGUCAAUGUCAAUGCUCGUGACCUGUACGAUUACACGCCUCUGAUUCUGGCGAGUCUCUGCGGACACUAUGAAGUUGCACGGUUGCUACUUGAGUCCGGUGCUCUUUGCGAGCGGGAUACAUUCCAAGGCGAAAGAUGUCUAUACAAUGCCUUGAAUGAUCGCAUACGAAAUCUCCUGCUUGAAUAUGACUAUUCCAAGUCUACGGAUCCGCUCCAACCUCUUGCUGCACAUUUGUCGUCCCUCCUCACCCGUGAGUCCCCAGUGACGACCGAUAUCGAGGUAACCGCCGCCGAGGAGUCCCUCUUCCUACACAAAUUCGUUUUGGCCGCCCGCUCUCCGUAUUUCCGUGGCAAGCUAUCGGCCGCGCCGGAAUCCACAACAUGGAAGCUUCCCAAUAGUAUCGCACCGGAAGCAUUCAGCGCUGCUAUAAAAUACCUCUACCUGGGUGAACCUCCUCGGGAGUUGCGGGCAGGGCCUGGGACGGGCUUCACGGAGUCCGAAGUGUUCGCGGGAAUCGAUAAGAUUGCCAAAUACUUGGAAAUUGAAAGUCUCAUGGACAGCAUCCUGGAUAGCGGAGAUAGAAGACGUGCAAGACAAAGAAGAACUACGGAGCUUGCCAGAGGCCGCGAUCAGCUGGAACAUUGGUUCCGUGAGAAUGUCCUCAAACACAAGGUGAUUAUUGACACCUCACAAGUCGACAAAGUGAGGUGGGAUCGAAACAAUGCCAUAUUCGCAGAUGUAUUGCUUCGAUCUGAUGAACUUCCGGAGGAGGCUGAGGAGACGGGCGAAGCCCAGAAAUCCACUCUAUUCCCUGUCCAUCGGGCAAUCCUCCUGCGAUCGGAAUUCUUCCAGGCCAUGUUCAUGUCUUCUUUCCGAGAAGCCCAUAUCACGGAUAAUCUACAUAUUAUUGACGUGGACUGCUCGCCCGAUGUAUUAGAGAUCAUCCUCACGUUUCUGUACACCGAGCGGGCGGAUUUCCCUUUGGAAGUCGCGGUCGAUGUUCUCUUCGCAGCUGACAUGCUUUUUAUCGAGAAGUUGAAGACAAAAGCAGCAGUCGUGAUUAGUACACUGGGUAGUGAAGGCAUGUCGCAGGCGAACGCGGCAAAGACGCAUGCCAAAGACGAGGAUGACAUUGACAUUUACUCAAUCAUACGUGCUGCCUGGUUGACUCGUGUCCAGCGACUGGAAGAGUUUGCAGCCCGUUUCCUCGCAUAUCGACUCGAAGCUCACAUCGAUUCGCCCGAGUUCGCGGAGCUGAUCCAAGAGCUGAGAUUCGAUGAUGCCGGUCUGAAUGAAUUGAUGGAUGAAAAGGCGCUACCAAAUGGCGAGGAAGCCCAGUCUGAGGAUGUGGCGAAGAUUACAGAUGGGGUCGAGGCCUUGGAUGUCUCCAAGUCAAGCGUUGGUCAAGGCCCCGGUCGCGAGAUUCGGACCUUGGAUGGCGCUGUUGUUGAGGAUGAAUUCUCCGAAGAUGCCAUGAACUAUGAGAUUCUGAUGGGGAAGCUGGAAGCCCUACUGGAGAAACUGAACUUGGACGCCUAA